AUCAUUCUCUCUUCUUCCCCAAAUCCGAAUCCCUAGCGUUUCUCUCUCCGCCGCAAGCACAACAACGCUUCUAUGGAAGACGGUGAUCUCUCCUCCGAUUCAGAUGUUAAGAAGAAACUAAGUUCGGCGAUUGUGGUGGAUAGUCGAGUUCCUACACAGGCGGAGAAAGAUCAAAAAUUUCUGAGAGGUACGGCCAAGUGGCUCAUUACUACUUCUCGUUUAAGUCCUGACUCCUUUGUGCGGCAUAUAGGUCCGUUCUUGCCUUUUGAUGUUUAUCAACUCGAGAAAGAAGUAUUGAAGAUACGCAAAGAGCGUAAAGAGAUGGUCAAGAAAUUUCUCAAGGAAUUUGAUGGGAAACUAACGAUAUCUUAUGAUCUUUUAGCUUAUGAUGAUGAAUAUCACAGUUAUUCUGAAGAUGGUUCUAUUUGGCACAAGGAUUUCGUUUGUAUGAGUGUCCAUUUCGUUGAUCGUAAGUGUAAGGUGGGGAAAUGGAUCUUAGGGUCCUAUCCUACCGAGUAUGCACGCGGGGAAACAGUUUCUGUUUACAGAAUCAAGACUGUUCUUGUGGAUUAUGAGAUUGAGAACAAGGUCUCUGCUCUUCUAGUGCCUAACUAUGAUGAUCCUGGUCAUAAGGAGUUUGAUUCUUUCAAGAAAUGGAUAGGAAAGAGAGGGAAAAUUCCGAUUGAUCCUUGCUUCUUCCGCAUCUACUGUUGUGCUGAUCUUUUCAGGUUGAUGGCUGGUGAUGUGUUUGACAAUAUGGACUUGCUACUUGAGGAGAUCAGGGUGUUGGUUGGAUGGGGUAAGCUGACACCAACCAACUGGAACGUCUCUUUGCGUAAUCUGCAAGAAGCGUUAGAUAUGGAAGAUAAGAGAGUAUUUGUUGAGGAUGGUUAUUACCAGGAAUAUGACUGACCAUCCGAUGAAGACUGGGAAAUGAUUAGAACGUUUUGCAAACUUGCUGGUUGCAUUUAUAAAGUGGCAAAGGAGCUUUUCGAAGGAGGUUAUUCGACAUCUAAUGUCUACUUCCACCUUCUUGCGGAGCUGAAGUUUAUGUUGAACCAAGAGCUUGCGACUGCUGAUGAUAACGAUCACUUCCUCAGCAAACCUACGGAGAUAUUGGAGAGGUUUGAUAAGUACUGGAAUGAUAUGUUCCUGGUUUUGGCAACUGCUUCUGUUUUAGACCCUCGUUUCAAGAUGACUUAUCUUGAGUUUUACUGCUCAAAGAACGAAGUUAAUGAUGAAGAUUCAAAAGCUGAAACUGUUUUGGACUUUGUACGCAAUCUAUAUGCUCACUAUGCAGCUAGUGGUAUCCGUCCACAAACAGAAUGCCUGGAUACUACACUUGACUCAGUUUUCUAUAGCUCAAAAGAAGAAGAAGAAGAAGAUGAUGAAAGUGAUGAAGAAUGUGGGGAAGAAUUAGAACAUAAGGUCAAGGAAGAGAAGAAGUCUGAUACAUACGAGGAUUUUGCUUUCUUUCAAGAGUUUCUCAAGUUUGAAGGAUCUUCAAGAGAGUUUGGUGAAUCGGAACUCGAUUCCUACCUUAUCAAAGAACCGGUAAUGGAGUGGAACAAAGACUUUAAAGCAUUGGACUGGUGGAGAGAAGAGAGCCAAAAGUAUCCAAUACUCUCCCGAGUAGCUCGUGACAUUCUCUCCAUUCCAAUCUCACGUGCCACAUCGUGGGAUGCUUAUGUUGCUGACAAAAGAGAGUGUCCAGAAUUUGUUGUCUCCAUGAAGGCCAAACUUGUGAACGCCAUGAUGUGCAGCAAAAGCUGGUCACAGCUUUGACACGGUAAAAUUUGUAACAACAAAAAGUGCUUGGGCCUUGGUGAGAAACUCAUAUAUCUGCUUCUUUUUCAUUAAGUUUGUUUUCCAUUUCAACAUCAGAAAACAUUGAGAUUUGAGAACCUUGUUUAACUAAAUGAAAUUUCUCAAGUCCACAUCAUAUUA